CUGCAGAAUGUUACCAAAGGUGCAAGACACAAAAUUGUCCUAAGUAUACAAAAGCUGAAGGAGAGACAGAAUGUGCUCAGAUCAUUGGAAAAGGAUGUCCUUGAAGGUAGUAAUCUGCGUAAUGCACUCCAGGAGCUGCACCAAAUGAUUCUUACCCCUAUCAAAGCUUACAAUUUCUCUCAUACUCAAAACUCUGGUGAACAAAACCAAGACUUGGACUCUCAAUCCUCCUUAAUGAGUUCAGAGAGCAGCUUGGGAAGUGGACUACCUGAUGUGAAGGAUUCUGCUGCUGGGGGCAUUCAGCAACAAAAUGUUACAGGGUGUGAGGGUGAGUCCGGAGGUGCUCCUGUUCCAGAAGGAGAUCUGCCUGGACAGUUUACAAGAGUCAUGGGCAAAGUGUGUACACAGCUGCUAGUAUCCAGACCCGAUGAAGAGAACAUCAGCUCUUAUCUGCAGCUCAUUGACAAAAGUAUAGGUCAUGAGGCUUUUACAGAGACACAGAAAAAGAGAUUGUUGUCCUGGAAGCAACAGGUUCAGAAGCUCUUUAGGUCUUUUCCCCGGAAAUCCCUCCUGGAUAUGCCAGGCUAUCGACAGCAGAGAAGCUGGGGUUUUAGUCAAUCCAACUCCUUACCAGCAGCUGGAUCUGUGGGUGGAGGAAUGGGUAGACGAACCCAACGCCAAUUUCAGAUGCCUCCUCGAAAUAUGCCCACGGCUCGAUUGGGUCUUAUGGGCCCCAGUGGACUUAUGGGUGCCCCACAGCGUAGUGCAGCCAGCAAUCCUGCCAUAUUAAAACAAGGAAGACAGAAUCUAUGGUUUGCUAACCCUGGAGGCAGUAACAGCAUGCCAAGCCGAACCCAUAGUUCAGUGCAGCGUACCCGCUCAUUGCCUGUCCACACAUCACCACAAACUAUGUUGAUGUUCCAGCAGCAAGAGUUCCAAGUGCCAGUAACAGAACCUGAUAUAAACAACAGACUGGAAUCAUUGUGCCUCAGCAUGACUGAACAUGCCCUGGGUGAUGGCGUUGACAGAACCUCUACUAUCUAGAAGAUUGAACUACAUCAUUGGUGCUGGCUCUGAACCACAAAAGUAGCUGCAGGUUCAGGCCGCAGUUCACAAGUUCCAGUCCCAUGCAGUGGACAGGGUCGAAUGAUGUCUUGUGUUAUAUUUCUGCAAGGUGUAAUGAACGUAUUUUUGUGCAAGAGUCUGGAUUGUUAUUGUAUCAUCAAAAUUUGAAGUGUAGUCAGGUUGAUCAAAAGUAGUUCUGUCCAUGAACAGGAUUUUGCAGCGAGACCCUCUGGAUGCCUAAAACUGAAGGGCCAUAACUUAUGUAAACAGCGUAGUUGGUGUUGGUAUGGCAACUGAAUGGUAAAAUACCAUUUUUUUUAAAGUGAGGAGGGAAGAGUUGAAGUUGAAACAAUGCAACAGUCGUUGGUUACAUUUUCUGUAUUUUGAGAAGCUAUUUUAUUUCUAUAAAAUUAUACUAUAAAUGUGACCAAAAGAGAAAAAAAAACUACAUAUUCAUAUUAAUUGCAUCUGAUUCGAGUCAUUGAAUUCUUUUCAGCAUUGAAGUAUGCCAUGAAGGGGAAUUUGAAAUGAGUGAUUUAAAUGUAACUAAAAUAAAUUUGCAUAUUGUUUACAUAACCAUAAAGGGUACAUAAACAUUUUCAGGUAUGCCAUUAUGAUUUGUAUUGUUAAAGCAUUUUAGUUUUUCCUUCUGCGAUAGCAGCAGGUUUGCUUCUUUUAGUUAGCAGCAGAAAGCUAUGGUUCGGGAUAUUUGGUCAUUUUGAAGGAAAUUGUAAAUAUGAGUGCUAGUCCUACGUAGGUACAGAUGUUAAAAAUGAUGAAAUGAAGGGUGGUUUUGGAAUGUUGUUGAAUGCAGGAGACUGAUGUAGUAUGGUGAGAGUUAAAGUUAAUCGGCCUUGCAGUUUGUUUAGCUGUCGGUGAGUAUGCUGCUUGCUCUGGUUUUGCUUUAUAUUUUAUUCCAAUCCAAAAAGCUCUAAAUCAACAGUUGAAGCCAAAUUGAUACAGUGUACAAGUUGUUAGAUCCUGAAUGUUUGUUUUUCCUGUCCCUUCCACCAAUUACAUGCCCAAAACAAAAAAAUUCAAAUAUAUGCAACCUAGAGCUUCAGCAGCAGAGUGAGAGACAGACAGACUACGUAACGAUUAGUAUAUCCUGUAAGGAAAAGAAAAGGCAAGAGCUGAGAAACAACAGAAAGAUAAUGGAAUGAAAUUGAGUAUACAUGGAUAUAGUAUUGUCCGAAACAGAGUUGGAAAUGCAGUAUUAUAAAUGAAUUUGGUGAAUAAAGUAUUAAACUAUAUACAUAAUGUUUAUACCGUGAAUACAGCUUCAGAAAAGGUAAUGUAACUGCAUUCACAUCAUCACAUCCUGUUUAACAAGAGUCCUAAAAGGUAUUUACAAAUCAGAAUUGAUAUUUAUUCCUCCACUGAUUUAUAGAUGCAAAGGUUAUCUAUUAAUUAGAUGUAUUAUUUUAGAUAUGUUAUGUAUUAACUUGCUAUGGCUGGUAACCAUGAGUAUGUUUCAAAAUAUUAACAUCCAUUUAGUUAAUUUUUUUAAUAUUGCUGAUUACUAUUGACAAGAUAUAGGUUAAAUAUUUACAUAGCAACAAACGUUUGUUUUGCUAAGAAGUGCUGUCUGGUGAAUUAAUUUUAAUAUGUGGCUUCUGUCUUGAGAACAUUGCCAUUCUCUGUUCUUCUGUUGAGUCCUGUAUUGACUGCAGGUGUAGAGCUUGAUUAAUACUAUCCUAUGUAAAAUGAAUUAUUUAUGAAAUGAUGAUUGCAUGCAUAGAAGGCUGUGAAGUCAAAUAUCUAGAAAUAAAGCGGCAGUGCCUUUCCUUUUGUAUCUUACACCUAUCCCAAGUGUUAACUGUUUUAUACAGAGCAAAGUAGCACCACCAAUUCAAAAAACAAAGGUGAUAAGACAUAUUCUUGAUAUUUAUAGUCUUUGUCUUUGUUUUGUUAAAUGUCGUGCACACAGGAUAUCUCUGCAAGCCCAGAACAAAGCCUUGCCUCGUAAUUGUUUUGAAUAUGUUUGAAGUGCUUAACUUCUUGACAUGGAAAAACUGAAAAAAGGCCUCUCAAAACAUGUAUCCUACUGUAGUUAGUUGUGUCAGAAAUUGAGGUUUUCUGUAAUAUCUGCCAGGUUACUGUGAUGCCUUUAAAGAGAUAAUGGCUGGAACGCAAGACACAAAAUAGUCAAGAUAUUUUAAAAAGUUCUAUAUAUUUACAAAGGCAGGUCUUGCAAUAGAUGUAUGUGCACUAUAUAUAAAACACUAAAUAAAAGAGUUAAAUUGUUUUGUAUAAGUCAUCAAAAUUUCCUAUGGUGGCUUUUAUUUUUUGUAUUUCUUUAUCUCGAUUCAGAAAAUAGUGAAUGUUUAUUCCUCUGGGAGGAAUAGGAAGCAACAGCAACGCUAACAGUAAUGACCUGGAUACUUCCUCCCUUUUUUUAAUUAUACUAUACUAUACCCUAUAUAUUUAUGAACAGUUUUGAAGUUCAAUAUAGAAUCUGUCCACUCUUCAAAAUACAUGGAUCCGUAUUGCUUUCUUUCCUUUGUUGCAUGUCAAGUAGAGGCAAUCCCUCAUUGUAAAUGCAUGCAUGUUUAUGUUCCUGUUGCCCUCUGGAAAGAAGGUAGUGUACAAGAAGUAUGUUUCUUGCAUAGUUAUUGCUGCACAUAAAUGCAUAUUUUUACAGUUUGUCACCUUAUGGAAAAAGCACGUUUGUUACAUGUUAAAGCUUUAUGACAAACACUAAUAUGUUUUACUUGCUGUUCUUUGCAAGUGUAUAGUUUUGAAAUGUUCUUGUUUAAAGUUACCAAUGAACUACUCUUGUGACUUAAACAACAAACUUGCUACAAUGUAUUUAUUACUCCCAUUCCUGUCACUUAACUAAAAUGAUGGUUAUUUCAUAUCAGCAUUAUAUUGAAAGUGAAGGGAGAUGAUUAAUACAAGUUUUUGUAACACUGUG